CGACUACUACAUACAUGUUAAGUGUGAUAAAGGCCGGCUCAUGUAACCGUACUGACGCAAUAUCUACUAGCUCGACAAGGAAACUCAGACAUCAUCGGCUGUCAAAGACCUACAUUGUGGACGGAAUCUCAGAUUUCAACUGGUUAACAGUUUGCACGUGUACUCCACAGGAAGACAAUAGAAUAGCUAGUUCUUCAGUUGACAACUCUGCCAAUUUGUACCGAUUAGAAUUCUUUCACGGUCCUUGGUGGUGAGCGAGUACUUGGAGAGGUGGAAUCAACUAAGCCACAUCAAUGGUUUGCUCCAAAGUAGGCAGCCAUGACCAGAUGAACAACAUGAACGACGACACAAACGGCGAUAACUUUGGCAGAAGCAGAGUUAUUGACAUUUUAACACCAGAGGGAAAGACACUGAAGAUGCACAUACAAGACAGCACAACGGUAGGAUGUAUAAAGAUUGACUGCGAACUUCUCUGCGGAAUCCCAUCCGACUUACAACUUGUGAAACUUCAAGACAAGGAGCUGGGCAACGAUGAAACUAUUGACAUUUCGGACGGGUGCACUUUGAGAGUAACCGUUCAACAAUGGUGGCAGAAAUUCAUUUCAGCGUGUUACAAAGGAGACACAAAACAAGUUAGAAAAAGAGCUUUGGUGAAAAUGAGUCAGAUUUCGCGCGAAGAGCGGAACUUCACUGCGGCAUUCAUCGGGGCAGUGAAGGGGAACCACAAUUUAAUGUUUGCAACGUGUGCAGGAAGGAAUAUGAAUCUUCGCACCAAAACUAAAUUGAGUGGUAGAAAUCUUCUCCAUGCUGCAGUGUCCGGCGGGAGCAAAAGCUGCGUAGCGAAUAUUUUCAUGAACGGGGGCAACGCUUUGCUAGAGGUACCGGAUAACACGGGAGAAACACCAAUAAAAAUGGCGGAGAAAUUAUACGGCGAUUCUGGCGAACUUGUGAACUUUUUAAACGUUUAUCUUGAGCUCCAUCGGCGCGAUGCAAAAUGUUCUGGUUCGUCUAAUAGCUUUUGGGACAACUUCGAGCGAAACAAUGACAGCUCAGGUGGAAUUAGCGCUGAUGAUAAGUUUGAUAAUAGUGAUAAUAGCCGGCCACAAUUUAAUGAAAACAUGGACAGUCAGUUGGGGGAUCUGUCUUCGGACUCUGACGAACGAACAGAGGAGAAAAAAACGACAAACUACACCGAAACAAGAUUUUGUAAUAACAACUCAGCCACCCCGUUGACGAAAGUAAACAUUGUGGACUAUGACGCCACCGUGGGUCAAAACUCGUCACACGUCAGAUUGGACGGUUUCUCAAACUCUGACAAUGAACAGAUUGGUGCAAACUUCAAAAACGAAGGCUCCAGCGAGCAAUGUUAUAUACCCAAGAGUGAUACGGGAUAUUACAGUGGUAACAAUGAAAGUAUACGAAAAGAUACAACUCAUGUCACGGAGAUGCUUUGGAAUGAGCAUUUGUUUACACAAGCGAACACACCUCUAGUGGGAUCAACAACAGGCCACGAGCUUAGCUUAGCACACAGUCGUUCAGGAGACGACAAAGAAGUUAAUAGUAUGUCAUUACUCUCCGCUGACCCAAACUAUGCUGACUCUAAUGAAUCAGACAGGAGAGCUCAGCCCCGAAAUCAGGGUAUCGAGGAGCAAAGGAGAAAACGGACAACAACGGAGAGGCCGAAUUUAGAAAAGCUUUUGUCGAUGAGUUCCGAAAACAGUGCCUCGCCGAUUCUUUCGGCUAGCCCUGAAAACGAACCACACAAUAGCGAAAGUGUCGUGAACGAGUCACGUGACGAUCAGCAGGCCAACGAAGAAAACAAGAACGAGCCACAAGACAAACAAUGUUGUGCGAACACGGAGAGCGAGGUCGUCAAUGCAAGGAACGACAAAGCUACCUUGCCCACGGCCACAUCUUCUGAAAAGUGCAACAUCGUUACUUCUCAUUCUCCGAAGCCCCUCCGAAGAGCCCAACUGAGAAAAAAGUCUAUCGUGGAGCAGCAGAGGAGGCGUCGAUCCAUGGCUGGAAGACCGAACCUGGAGGAACUUAUCCGAAAACGCGAAGAGGAAUCUGAGCAGGAGAACGCCUCGGAGAUAGGCAAAGAGGAAGGCUCUGGUGCAAUGGAUUCAAACGAGACAGGACCAGUUGCUUUGGUCAUCACGACAGAAGAUUCUAGUAAUCUAAAAUGUAAAGAAAAAUCAAAUGAUGCAGACUUUAAGGAUGAAGGAUUAAUCACAAUAAAAAAUAUGGAGAAAGAAAACACUGGUUAUGAAUCGAAGGAAAAAAAUUUUUCUGCUAUAGACUAUCAAGGAGAGGAGUCUCCUGUUUCAGCCAGGUACGUUCUGCAAAUGUGGCAAAACCAGGCCCUAGAAAAUGCGUCAGGAGACGAAACGGACACAACCUGCUCCCCAAAAACGCCAAGGAGAGCCCUUCUCAGAAAACAGGUGUUCAUGGAACAAAGAAGGAAACGAUCCGCCACCGAAAGACCGAAUCUUAUCAAGCGUCUGGAUUCUCACAAGAAAGAUGACGAUGGAGAUGAAAAACUCGGCCAUGAAGAAAUAGAAAUUAUUCGCCAUGGCAAAGGCCAGGAAAAAACGAAUAAAGACAGCAAAAACAAUGACUUGGUUUUUCCAGUCGACCAAGGAGGAGCUCUCGAGUCAGACUUUUCAUCUGCUAAUUCAGGCGAGAGUGCAUCAACGAAAGAACAAAAUGUGGAAUCUAAGAAAGCACCGACAAACCCACCAUUAACAGGAACAUCACAAAAAAGGGUUCCGAUAAGGGUCACACACAGACGCUCCAAUGUUGGCCAUUUACUGGAAGCUCGUGCCAGGAAGGACCUAAGAAGCAACUGGUCAUAUCUUAGUGGUGACGAAUCUGACGUAAGCGAGACCGAACAGAAAGUAGUUGACGAAACGGUGAUGAACAUUAGAACUUCCUCAAAAAUGCAAAGAAGAAGACGCCUACCAAUGGUUCCAAACAAAACUAUGAAACUACCUCUCAUUAAAAUAGAAGACAGUGGCACUUCUACUGGCUCGGACCCAGGGGAUACUCACGUGCCCAAGCGUAGUCAGGUGCACUAUUCUGGGUCUGUGGGGGGUGAUGAGAAAUCAUUCGUUCUGAAUGACAAUUUCAAGGUUCCCUGUCCUUCUGUUGGCCGAUCCCGUUCAGGUUCAAUGUGUAGUGAGGAUUCAGCAUCAUCUGAGGAGAUGCUCGGAGAGAGAAGCAGGGCCAAAAGUGAGGGAGAGACUUCUAGUGGUUCUCAGCCAAUUUCAAUUUCCUUCGUCAAAAACCUUCCAGUCAGUCAGCGAAGACAAAGUGUUCCAGACACCACGUUUGCUCCGACACAGCACAUUAACCCAACCAGGACAAGAAGGUGUUCUGUUCAAGUAGAAGAUCUUGACGAACAAGGCUAUCAAAUAAGCCCGCAACUUCGCGCGAGACUAAAAAUGCGCGAACGCCCUCGUGAAAAUUUACCAUGGAACGAAUGGAGGGCAGGCAGGAGGCGGUCUAGUUCCUUACAAGACGCUAACAAGGAUGAAAACUUAGGGCCGGAAAACACAAAUCAAGGAGAACUUCAUAAAGACGAGCUGAGCGACAAACGCGCCGACAUACGUGGUGAGACGCGCGAAGAAACACGCGUAGCGUGGAACGAAAAAAGGCGACCGGAGUCUGCUAGGUAUGGGACGCACUGCCGAAUGACGUUCACUGAAUGGCUCGAUAACAAAGAAGCGUUAGAUAGGUCUAGACCAACCUCCGCGCAGAGAAGAAAUGAGCAUGCAAAAGACGAUACUAAUCACCAGAGUCAGACAGCGAAAGCGUACAAGGAAUGGCUGCGGAAGAAAGACCAAGAGGCUUUGGAGAAAGAGGAGAUGCUGGGAAGGAAAGGGAAGAAAAAAGUUCAUAGGACAUAUCAUAGAAAGUGAUUGAGUAAAACUUGGAUGGUAUGCCUGCAAUCACAGUUCCAAUGCUAUUUCUUACUUGACUCGUAAUGUUAUACUUUCAUAUUUGUUUGAAGAAAAAAAUGCGUUACGCCUCCAAGCAUAUCAAUCCAGCCGAUUAAAUUGAAGCAAAUCUUGCCCCAGCAAUUUGACUCAGUGAAAUUUAGUUGUCACUCAGCUUGUCAUGACAUUACUAAGAACAAAUCACCCAAAAGCUUUUAGUAGAAUUUGACUGGACUUUAUAACAAUUUAUAUGUAAAGUAAUUUCGAGGUGGAAUAUGCUAAUGAAGACAUUGUG